AUGGAGAACCAACACAUCGACUUCGACGGGGCCAUCUACGGUGUAGACGGUGCCUUUGACCCAUCCUUCGACCCGAACCGACAAACCUACAACUUCUCACAGACGUGGCCGCUGCCAAUCUCGCCGGGAACCAUGACACAGCAACAACAACACCACGAUGGCAGCCAGCAGCACCAGCAGCAGCAACAUCAGCACCCGCACCAGCAGCAGCGACGCCUCAACAACGCAGCCGCGUCUACCGCGCACAACUCACACCCGAGUACCACGAGCAUUGCUCCUCUCCACAUGGGCCUCGGCUUUCCCGCGGGCAUGCAACCGAUGAACCCCAUGCUCGCAACUUGGAUGAACAUCAACACAGAUGGUUUUGCACAGGAUAGCUUUGGACAGGGCUCAAUGGGAAUGGGCGCAGGAUACAGCACAUACGGAGGACCAUUGGAGACUUCGCCUGUCGAGUUCGGCAUUAACUCGCACAUGAUGAACUCUAUGUCUAUGGCACCCAUGAACUUCAUGACUACAGCCAGCAUGGACGGAUUGCCUACCACACUGACCACUGCACCCUUCCAGAUGGCAGACUUCCAGCACGAGUUCACGCAUCUCGGAAACGCGCCCGGCGAGUACACCGCUCACUCGAACGCGCCCACCGCCAGCGUUGGCACGGGCUCACCCGGCGAGAACUGGAUGGAAAUCCGUUCGCUCUCCAGCAGCGACAAUGGCUGGGUCGACGUUGGCCUCGGACACGGUCACCGCAACUCCUACGACUACUCCGAUAGUUCUGCCAUCAUUUUCAACCCAGCCCAGUCACUCCACAUCCGCACUGGCUCCGACUCGUCAAAUUCGAACCAAUCAGACGUGCCACGAUCCGCCCACUCCUUCAGCAGUUUUGAGGAGAUACAGUUCCCAAUGCACUCGCCUCAAUCCGAGACCGAUAACCAUCUCGAGCUUGUGCACUCGCAUCAUUCGCACCACUCGCACAGCCACUCGGAAAACUGCAACCACUCGCACGGGCUCCAAAUGAGCGAUGACUUCGCCAACUACAUCUCCCCCACACAGUCCGUCAGCCCUCCCAUGGCGCGAGUAGAGCCAAUUGUCAUAAAACAAUCGUCGUCAAACACGGCGUCGCCAACCUCGUCCGCCGUCAGCUCGCCACCGGCUCGCCGCAGGAAGUCUCCUGCAACAGCGACGGGAUCGAAGCCUGCAAAGACCAUUGUCAAGAAGACACCCGCUCACACCACGAAGAAGGACGCAACUGGCGAGAAGCGCGUCGGAAGGAGACGGGGACCUCUCAGGCCCGACCAGCGACAACAGGCUCACGAGAUCCGCAAGCUUCGCGCAUGCCUGAGGUGUAAGUUCCUCAAGAAGACUUGUGACAAGGGCGACCCGUGCGCCGGUUGCCAGCCUUCCCACGCGCGUCUCUGGCAGGUCCCGUGCACACGCAUUGACAUCAAGGACAUUGCGUACUUCAUGAAGGACUGGAAGGCCGACUACGAGCGUCACGUCAGCCUUGGCUUCUCCAUCGGUAACAUCAAGGGUUUCUCGACAUCAGAGCGUCUGAUCUACGUUACCCACGGCUAUGGCCACUACCUUCCCAUCAUGGCCCGCGAUGUCUACGUCCGUGACGAGAAGUGCUUCGGUGUCGACUGGCACGAGACCCUCAACGGUCUCCAUUUCGAGAUCAACACCGCCAAGCUGUCCGCCGGUAUGGAGGGCAUCUCACGCGCUAUGCUCUCUGACUACCUUGACCGCCACAUCGACGGUGGUUUCGAGCAGUUCGUUGAUGAGUACUUUGAGGGCACCUACUUCGUCACCGAGUUGUUGAAGACUGCCUACCGUUUCUACUGCCGCGAGAAGCUUCCCGUCAUCCGCAAGGCGCUCAAGCUCGUCCUUGCCUACAACCUGACUCUCCACGUUACCAUGAUUGAGGGUCUCGGUGACGAGGACAACACGCCUGGUAAGGUCGAGGACCAACAGUCCAAGUUCUCUGGCAAGACCAUCGCGCCUGUCAUGAUCAACUUCCAGGUCAAGUGUGCUCUUGCAGACAUGUGGCGUGAGCUGCAGAAGGAUGUCCUUGAGGAGCUGUCUUCCCUCUACCAGUCGGUCUACAGUGGCGACAAGCUGAAGAACUGGCCUACCAUCUUCAUGCUCGCUGCCAUCCUUCUCGCAGUCUGGGAGCUGAUUCAGUUCGACUGCAACUACCGUGUCCCUGACCUCGGUGCCGUCAACAAGUUCUGUGGCGAGAUGGAGGGCACACCGGUUGGUGUCAUUGUUGGUCUCUUCUCGGCCAUCUCCCAGAAGCUCCCCUCCUUCACUGAGUGGGAUUCGAGGAAACACCACCACCUGCUCAACUCGAACCCGGCUGUCUGCGAUGCCAUGACCGAGGUUCGCGCGCACGUCACUAAAUAUGAAACGUACCUCCGUUCAAGAAGUGACUGCAAGUUCGACCGUACCGACUUCGACUCAUUGUCGAACAAGUUCCUCUCGAAGCUUGUCAUCAGGGCCAACUAA